AUGAUGGAUGAUUUCGAAGAAGUGCCGGGUAAUAAACCGCUGCGGUUACCAAAGAAAGCAGCUAAAGUAAAGAACAAAGCUCCAGCUGCUCUGCAAAUAACAGCGGAGCAAUUGUUACGUGAAGCGAAGGAACGUGACCUAGAAAUUGUUGCACCACCGCCAAAAACUAAGAUAUCCGAUCCCGAGGAGUUAGCCGAAUAUCAGAGGAAACGGAGAAAAGAAUUCGAAGACAACAUCCGUAAAAAUCGUUCUCAGAUAGCAAAUUGGGUAAAAUAUGCAAAAUGGGAAGAAAAUAUAGGAGAAAUGCAAAGGGCACGUUCAGUGUUUGAGCGCGCACUUGAUACUGAUCAUCGUUCUAUCACGCUAUGGCUCCAGUAUGCGGAGAUGGAAAUGAGGAACAAGCAAAUUAAUCAUGCAAGAAACAUUUGGGAUAGAGCAAUCACCAUUUUACCUCGAGCUACGCAAUUUUGGUUGAAAUAUUCAUACAUGGAAGAACUGAUCGGAAAUAUACCUGGCGCAAGACAAGUGUUCGAACGCUGGAUGGAUUGGGAACCACCAGAACAAGCCUGGCAAACAUAUAUCAAUUUUGAAUUGCGCUACAAAGAAAUCGAUCGUGCGCGUACUAUUUGGCAGCGAUUUCUUCACGUUCAUGGACAUGAUGUGAAGCAGUGGUUGCGUUAUGCAAAAUUUGAAGAAAGAUUCGGCUAUAUUGGAAAUGCUCGUGCUGUUUAUGAGCGAGCCUUGGAAUAUUUUGGAGAAGAAAAUUUAAAUGAAGCACUGUUGAUUGCAUUUGCUCAGUUUGAAGAACGACAAAAGGAGCACGAAAGAUCGAGAGUUAUCUAUAGGUAUGGACUGGAUCAUCUUCCACCUGAUCGAGCUGGUGAAAUAUUCAAAUUCUAUACCAUACAUGAGAAAAAGUAUGGUGAGAGAGCGGGAAUCGAAAAUGUAAUUGUUAGUAAACGGCGUCAUCAAUACGAAGAGCAAAUUGCUGAAAAUUCCUAUAAUUACGAUGCAUGGUUUGAUUACAUUCGUUUGUUGCAAAAUGAGAAAAUUCAUCGCGAAGAGAUGGAAGAUACAUUUGAGAGAGCGAUAGCUAAUGUACCUCUGCAACCUGAAAAAAGAUAUUGGCGACGAUAUAUUUAUUUAUGGAUUAAUUAUGCGCUCUAUCAAGAAUUGGAUAUUGGUGACAUAGAGAAAACGCGAGACGUUUACAGGAUUUGCUUACAAGUCAUUCCUCAUAAAAAAUUUACUUUUUCAAAGAUAUGGGUGAUGUUUGCUUAUUUCGAAGUGCGUCAGCUUCGCUUAUCUGAUGCACGUAAAAUAAUGGGAAAUGCAAUUGGAAUGUGUCCUCGAAAUAAACUUUUCCGAAAUUAUAUAGAUCUUGAAUUGCAACUGCGUGAAUUUGAUCGAUGUCGGAUUUUGUAUGGAAAGUUUCUUGAAUACGCUCCAGAAAACAGUAAUACUUGGAUUAAAUUUGCUGAAAUGGAAACGCUUCUUGGUGACGUCGAUCGUGCUCGCGCAAUUUUUGCUCUGGCGGCACAACAGCCUGCGUUAGACAUGCCUGAGGUGUUAUGGAAAGCUUAUAUUGAUUUCGAAGUGAGUCAAGAGGAAUACGGUCGAGCUCGUCAGUUGUAUAGUAGUCUUUUGGAACGAACGAACCACAUAAAAGUUUGGAUAAGUUUAGCGGAAUUUGAAUUAUUGGUAGGUGAUGUGAGUGGCGCACGGAAGACAUACGAACGCGCCAAUAGGAAUCUAGCAAGUAGUGAAAAAGAAGAAAGGUUGUUACUUCUGGAGUCAUGGAUGUUAUUUGAAAACAAAUAUGGUGACGAGGAUUCUGUAACAGCAGUUUCUCGUUUAAUGCCAAAAAAAGUGAAAAGGCGUCGUCAGAUUCAGACAGAAGAUGGUGUAGAUGCUGGUUGGGAAGAAUAUUUCGAUUAUGUAUUUCCAGAUGAACAAACUUCAAAAGGAAGUAUGAAGCUAUUCGAAGCUGCCCGCAGAUGGAAGGAAAAACUUACGCAAGUAGCUUUGUCAGUUGAAAAAGAUGCGGACAAAAAUGCAGAAGACAGUGAUAUUAAAGACGAGCCAACAGAAAGGGAGAUGAAAGUGCGUGAAGAUGAUUCAGAUACUGACAUAUCGACAUCCUCCUCAUCUUCAUCGGAUGGUGAUUCUGAAUCAAGCAGUGAGUCAGAAGAUAGUGAUUCGGAUUAA